GUUUGUCAAAAACUUGUGUCAAAAUUUCAGUUUAAUAAAAAUUUUUGUUCAAAAUUCGCAAUGGUUCUCGAUCAGUUUCAGACCACUUACAGAAAAGACUACAUUUGGCCUUAUGUGCGAACAUAUGGACUUAAGAUAACCCCGGUUUUGCCCGAAGCUGGGGACCACCUCUCGUGUGAGUGCCACUGUCCCAAAAUCGAGAAAACUAAACAAGUGGGGCUUGAGCAAUCCGAAGCUGCAUGGAGUCGUUUGGGGCCCAUGGGCCCCCUUCUCGACCCUAAAGUCUACCCUGUGAAAGUUGGGGCGAGUCCUGAGUCACAAGUCAGCCGGUUUAGCCAACCUAAUGUUUAUUUGCAAAAACUGAAAGAGAAAUUCCCCUAUAUUUAUGAGUGUUUGAGGAAUGCGCCCCCUGAUGAUUUGAUUUCGAGGAUCAAUCGGGACCGACUCAGAACCACGUACCAAGUCGAUUAUUGCAAAUUACAGGAAUACCCUGAUGCUCCUUACGACGACUUGUUGCGGGCGGCGGGGGUCUCGGGGAUCCCCCCGUGUCCUGCCCCCGUGCGCCUCCCUGGUGACCCUUGCCGACCCAAUCAACGGUCAAUCGCUUAUCGCCCUGCUGUUAUCAGUAAUCGUGUUGGAGGGGGUAAGAGUGAAGGGCGAUCACGAGGCGGCGAUGACAUGACUUCUUAUUGCGCUGGAAGUUGUCGAGGGCCUUUGGGGUCAAUGACAGCGGGGGCUACGGAAUACCAAGACGCUAUUUCUCGUCUAGGCCAAAUGAUAAUGCGUGACAAAAUCCAUUACACACUCCCGAAAAAAAUAAUCUAGUUAGCGUCGUCCAAACAAUUUGUAUUUUUUCAAAAAUGUUUUUUGUUACAAUUCUACCGAAAUUCCAGUAAUUCAUCGUAAUUCUAUUGUUUUCAUAUUAA